AUCUAGUUUUCCUUAAUAAAUCACCGAAGACACAUAUGAAGUUUCUUUUUCUAAAAUUGCUGUACUGCAAUGAAGAAAAGGAGAAAGGUUACUUCAAAUUUUGAUGAGAAAAUCCAUCUAGGCUAUCAUAAAGAUUCUUUAGAAGGAAAUGGUGCAGUGGAGUGUGACCCAGUAACCUAUACUCCUUCAGAGCGCCCAACUCCUGAGCCUCUUCACUGUUACCAAGACCUUCCUCCAUCUCCAGAUCAGAGAAAGCUUUUGAGUUCUUUGCAGUAUAAUAGGAAUUUACUGAAGUAUUUAAAUGAUGACAGGCAGAAACACCCCUCUUUCUGUGAUUUACUUAUCAUCGUAGAAGGAAAAGAGUUCAGCGCACAUAAAGUGGUGGUUGCUGUUGGCAGUAGUUAUUUUCACGCAUGCUUGAGCAAAAAUCCAAGCACCGAUGUUGUAACUCUGGAUCACGUAACACAUUCAGUUUUUCAGCAUUUGCUAGACUUUCUGUACACAUCAGAGUUUUUUGUAUACAAAUAUGAAAUACCUCUUGUUUUAGAGGCUGCAAAGUUUCUGGACAUUAUAGAUGCAGUUAAGCUACUAAAUAAUGAAAACGUGGCAGGUUUUCCAUCGGAGUUAACGGAAAAGUCAUCACCAGAAGAAACACUAAAUGAAUUAACUGGAAGACUAUCAAAUAAUCAUCAGUGCAAAUUCUGUGGUAGAUACUUUUGUUAUAAAAAAUCCUUAGAGAACCAUUUGGCUAAGACCCAUAGAUCCCUUUUGUUGGGGAAAAACCAUGGGUUAAAAAUGCUGGAGAGAAGCUUUUCUGCAAGAAGAUCAAAAAGGAAUCGGAAGUGCCCUGUUAAGUUUGAUGACAUCACUGAUGAUGAACAAGAAAGUGGUGAGGGAUCAGACAAUUUGAAUCAGAAUUUUGAUAAAGAAAAGUCUGAUAGAAACGAUUCUGAAGAUCCCGGAAGUGAAUAUAAUGCUGAGGAAGAUGGCUUAGAGGAGGAAAUGUCAGAUGAAUAUUCUGACAUUGAAGAGCAAAGCGAAAAAGAUCAGAAUGAUGCCGAAGAGGAACCUGAGGCUGGUGAUUCUGUGGGAAGCAUUCAUGAGGGGUUAACUCCAGUAGUCAUUCAGAACAGUAACAAAAAAAUAUUGCAAUGUCCUAAGUGUGAUAAAACAUUUGACCGAAUAGGGAAAUAUGAGAGCCACACACGGGUUCACACAGGUGAGAAGCCCUUUGAGUGUGAUAUUUGUCAUCAGCGCUAUUCGACAAAGUCUAACCUAACUGUUCACAGAAAGAAGCACAAUAAUGAAACAGAAUUUCAUAAGAAGGAGCACAAGUGCCCUUAUUGUAAUAAACUUCAUGCAAGCAAGAAGACUUUAGCCAAGCAUGUUAAGAGAUUUCAUCUUGAAAAUGCACAAGAAUUUAUUUCCAUUAAGAAGACUAAGAGUGAAAGUUGGAAAUGUGAUAUUUGUAAGAAAUCUUUUACUCGAAGACCACACUUGGAGGAACAUAUGAUUCUACAUUCUCAAGAUAAACCUUUUAAGUGUACCUAUUGUGAAGAACAUUUCAAAUCACGGUUUGCACGAUUAAAGCAUCAAGAAAAGUUCCAUCUGGGUCCUUUUCCAUGCGAUAUAUGUGGUCGUCAAUUUAAUGAUACUGGAAAUUUGAAACGUCAUAUAGAAUGUACCCAUGGUGGAAAGAGAAAAUGGACUUGCUUUAUCUGUGGAAAAUCAGUACGAGAAAGAACUACUUUGAAAGAACAUUUGAGAAUUCAUAGUGGAGAAAAACCUCAUCUUUGUAGUAUUUGUGGACAAAGUUUUCGUCAUGGAAGCUCAUACAGACUCCACUUACGAGUACAUCAUGAUGAUAAAAGAUAUGAGUGUGAUGAAUGUGGAAAAACAUUUAUUCGUCAUGACCACCUUACAAAGCACAAAAGAAUACAUUCAGGUGAAAAGGCUCAUCAGUGUGAAGAAUGCGGGAAAUGUUUUGGUCGUAGGGACCAUCUCACUGUUCAUUAUAAAAGUGUACACCUUGGAGAAAAAGUGUGGCAAAAAUAUAAAGCAACAUUUCAUCAGUGUGAUGUUUGCAAGAAAAUUUUUAAAGGCAAAUCAAGUCUAGAAAUGCAUUUUCGGACACAUUCAGGUGAAAAACCAUACAAAUGUCAAAUUUGCAAUCAAUCUUUUAGAAUUAAGAAAACUUUAACAAAACACCUGGUUAUUCACUCUGAUGCUCGACCUUUCAACUGCCAGCACUGUAAUGCAACAUUUAAACGAAAAGACAAGCUGAAAUACCACAUUGACCAUGUUCAUGGUAUAAAAUCUCCUGAUGAUCCUCUCAGUAAUUCUGAGGAAAAACUUGUAUCAUUGCCUGUAGAGUACUCACCUGAUGAUAAAAUAUUUCAAGCUGAAACAAAACAGUAUAUGGAUCAGACCAAAGUUUAUCAGUCAGAAGCCAAGACAAUGUUACAGAACGUGUCUGCUGAAGUAUGUGUUCCAGUAACAUUGGUUCCAGUUCAGAUGCCUGACACGCAGAGUGACUUAGUGCGUCACACUACUACACUUCCACCGUCUUCUCACGAGAUCCUUCCGACACAGUCACAGUCAACGGACUAUCCACGAGCAACUGAUUUAGCUUUCCUGGAAAAAUACACUCUUACUCCUCAACCUGCAAAUAUAGUUCAUCCAGUUCGACCUGAACAAAUGCUAGAUCCUAGAGAACACUCUUAUCUUGGAACAUUACUGGGGCUUGAUAACACUACUGCUGUCCAAAACAUUUCUAAUAGUGAACAUCAUUCAUAAGUCAGUUUAAACAUUCCACAG